AUGAGUAUAGGAAAGAACAAGAUUUCAAUAGCAUCCACAUCGUCAAGUGUCGAAUCACCAGUGCCGUCGUUGGGAUAUCAUCACAAUGUGCACGGCAUGAGCUGGAUCAUCACGGGUCUUUUCGUGGUCGGUGAUCUGGCUGGUGGCGGCAUUGUUGCACUUCCCACAGCAACAGUGCAAUUAGGUGAAAACCAUUUUGAUGUCUAUUUCGGUUUGUUUUUAACGUUCGUUAUGACGCUUUGUGUAGCCUAUACUGCCUAUAUACUCGGUGAAGCUUGGGUGAUAUUACAACGAAAAUGGCCGAUAUAUCGUAGUCAUUGCCGUAAACCGUAUCCGGAAAUGGCUGGUCGCUCGAUGGGACGUAUCAUGAAGUUGGUUCCUAUUUGUGAUUUUCCGAAAUAA